UUCAUCAACAUUCAGUUUCAGCAUGGAGGCCAACGAAGAGCAAACAGAAGAACAAUCAUCAUCAUCAUCGUCACUUAGCAUUCACUUCGUAUCCUCUGUUGACUCGCCCGAGUUCACUCUCCUUACAUCGGCUGUGAGUCUCGCCUCGGUUGUCGGACUCGACGCUGAAUGGAAGCCUGUUCGAGAAAGCCAGUCCACAUUCCCAACCGUCACGCUCCUGCAAAUUGCAUGUAGACUCCCAGGCAACAGGACUGAUUAUCUCUCCGGUGAUUCGCCGGUUUUCCUUCUUGACCUGGUGGCGCUUCCUCUUUCCUCGGUCUACGCGCUAUUGAAUGCCCUCUUUGUCUCGCCAAAUGUUCUCAAAUUAGGAUUUAGAUUCAAGCAAGAUUUGGUAUAUCUCUCGUCUACUUUUCGCUCGCAAGGCUGUGAUCCUGCUGGAUUCGAUAAGGUAGAGCCUUUCCUUGAUAUUACAUCGAUAUACAGUUAUCUACAACAAAAGCAAUCUGGAAGGAAACCAUCAAAGCAAACAAAGAGUCUUGCAGCCAUUUGCGAGGAAUUGUUGGCCAUUUCUCUGUCAAAGGAACUUCAAUGCAGUGACUGGUCACAGCGUCCACUCACCAAAGAACAGAAGAUAUAUGCUUCUGCAGAUGCACAUUGUUUACUGGAAAUAUUUGAUGUCUUUCAGAAUAAGGUUAUAAACGAAGAAAAUUCUAUAUAUAACAACGGACACAGUUCCUCCAGUCCUGAUCCUGGACUGAAGAGUAUUCUUGAGGAGCCUAGUGGUGAGAGUGGAAUAUUAAAGACUAAAUUUUCUGAAGCUUUGGAAAUAAUCCAAGCUACGACAGCCUCUGAGUACUAUCAUGACAUUUCUUCUGCAUUUAGAGUGGUAUCCCCACUGGGUAAAAACACUGUUUGCUUGGACAACUCACUCUUGCAGAUUAUUAGGAAGCACGGUGAUAAGAUUCUUCUAAAAGAAAGUGACAGAGAGCCUAAAACUUCAAAAAAUAGAGGCAAAAAGAAAUCGUCAGUUGGUAUGGUACACAAGGAGAAGCUACCAGAAUUUUUUGAUGACUGGCAAGGUCCUUCACCUUGGGAUCCAUCUUUAGGUGGUGAUGGACGUCCAAAGUUUCUAUGUGAUGUGAUGGUAGAAGGUUUAGCAAAACAUUUGCGAUGUGUUGGGAUAGAUGCCGCCAUUCCAUAUUCCAGAAAGCCUGAAACCAGGGAAUUGAUAGACCAUGCUCUGAAAGAGAAGAGAGUGCUCCUAACCCGUGAUGCCAAGCUAUUGAGGCACGGAUAUCUGCUCAAUAACCAGAUAUAUAGAGUGAAGAACCUUCUAAAAAAUGAUCAGCUGCUUGAGGUGAUUGAGACUUUCGAACUAAAAAUUUCAGAGGAGAAGCUGAUGUCAAGAUGCACGAAAUGUAACGGCAUGUUCAUACAAAAACCACUGAGCAUGGAGGAAGCGGUGGAAGCAGCAAAGGGGUUUCAAGUGAUUCCGAGCUGCUUAUUUGACAAGAAGCUCGAGUUCUGGCAGUGCCUCGACUGUCAUCAGCUCUACUGGGAGGGAACUCAAUAUCAUAAUGCUGUACAGAAAUUCAUAGAUGUUUGCAAGCUGGAGAAGUAACAAUUUGUUAAUUUCAUCUAUCUCUUCAAUUUGGAUAAUUCUGUUUUUAUUACAUCAGUAUUGAUAUUUAAUUCUGUUGUAUGAAAGAUUUUUGAAAGAAUUAUUAUUAUUUUGUUUUUGUAAAAUGGGU